UGUAUCGCGUCAUAUCGAUUAUUUAUUUAAAGACUUGUUCGUUCACCCGUGAAGCCAUUUUAUAAAUUGAACAAAGUUAUUAAAAUGUAGUUAGCUAUGCUUUCAGUUAUUGCGCUGGAUUUAUGUUUAUUUGUUCUGAUGAUGGCAAAGUGGUUUGAUAUCUCGUGUGUAUACUUGGGCAUUUUAUUGUGCAUUCCAAACACCAUUUUCUAUUCCAAUGGAUACUUUUUCAAAAUCAGAAAAACUGAGUGCAUAGGAAACGGAGUAUAUUUCAGCAAUGUCUCUUGCAUUUUGAAGCCGAUAAACUGGACCCGAUCGGUAAUGAACAUGGACUGCGACAUAAGGGACGCAAUAACUGAUAUUAAAAUGACAGUAGAAGUAUUUUACAAGGAUUCUUCCAAUUUUUAUAAGCCCUUCGCCGUUAAAUUUAACUUUGAUGUUUGCCAAUUGUUGAAGAAUAAAACACACCGAAAUUUUUUGGAAAAAUACACCUUGAUGCAUUUGACGAAAUGGACUAAUGUAAACCACAGUUGCCCCUAUAGGGUAAGCUUAUAAAAGUAAAAUCUCCUAUACAUGCGCUAUAUAUAUAUAUAUAUGUUUCUUAAGGGUCAUUUGAGUGCGCGUAACUUUCAUUUGGACGAGGUCUCUCUACCCAUACUCCCAAUUCACGAUUACAAAAUUGCAUUUAACUUUUCAGGAGCCAAUCCAGGAAUUCACUUGGGCUCGGUUUUGAUAUAUUUUGAAAUUCUAGAGGAUUAUUACAAGAACAAAAAGAUAAAGCCACUGCCCAAGCCGUUCAGCUUUGUAUAA